UCUUACCAGCAAUUUAUAUUUACCUCAUCAAGACUCUCUGCUCCCCACUUACCCGUUUUUGUUUUGCCCAACUAUACAAAGAAGAGUGUGUUCUAUCUAUGAAAUGGCUGAAGCCCUGCUUCUAUUAUUAAAUAAACAAUGUGCCAAAUUACUUUUUUUCAAGCAAUCUCAAUAGCAUCAGCUAGUGAUAGCAACCCGAAUACUCCAGAGAGAAUAGGACCAAAACCCACAAUGAGUCCCGUGGGCUAUGACAGCAAAGAGAAAAGAGGAGAACAUCAAAGUGCCCUGCCCCCCGCGGGGCCCUUUUGUGCUGUUCCUGCAAACGCAGCAGACCUCCUGCUAUAUAGACCCUGCGCGCCCAGCCAUACACACCCAACAGCACCAUCCCAUCCGAACCGACUCCACCAGCCAUGGGGAAGAUCACCUUCUAUGAGGACCGCGGCUUCCAGGGCCGCCACUAUGAGUGCAGCAGCGACCACUCCAACCUGCAGCCCUACUUCAGCCGCUGCAACUCUGUGCGCGUGGACAGUGGCUGCUGGAUGCUCUAUGAGCAGCCCAACUUCACAGGCUGCCAGUACUUCCUGAGGCGUGGGGACUACCCUGACUACCAGCAGUGGAUGGGCCUCAGUGACUCUGUCCGUUCCUGCCGCCUCAUCCCCCACGCCGGCUCUCACAGGAUCAGACUAUAUGAGAGGGAAGACUACAGAGGCCAGAUGGUAGAGUUCACCGAGGACUGCCCCUCUCUCCAGGACCGCUUCCACUUCAGCGAGAUCUACUCCCUCAAUGUGCUGGAGGGCUGCUGGGUCCUCUACGAGAUGCCCAACUACCGGGGGCGGCAGUACCUGUUGAGGCCCGGGGAGUACCGGCGCUACCACGACUGGGGCGCCAUGAAUGCCAGGGUGGGCUCUCUGAGGAGAGUCAUGGAUUUCUAUUGAGAUUUCUUACUCUACCCUUUCUCCAUCUGGAAGUUAAUAAAAUAUUUUCUGUGUGUUCCUGGCA